CCCGCGCUGUGCAGUUGGGCCAGUGACGCUGGCGCCGCCGCCGCCGCGUUCCAUCCUCCGAAGCCGGCCCCCGCUCGCGUCCUGCUCCUCCCGUAGCGUCCGCCAGCAAAGCGCCAGUCCGGGGCACGCAAGGCGUCGCGGGGACCCGACAGGGAGUGCAAGCAGGCGGGCGUGCGCGCGCGGCGGCAGUGGCGGCGGCGGAGCGGGUUCGGCGGCGCGGGAGCUGCGAGCGCCCCCUUCCCGGAGGUCUCGGCGAGACUCCCCGGUGAAGGUACUUCUGGCUGGCUUUAGGAUUCUUACUUCUGGAUUUUAAAGUCUUUCUUUUUAAAAAAACAAACAAAUAAAUAAAAAACAUCGGACGGAUAAAAGAUGUGCCAUGGCAGGAUAGCACCAAAGAGCAACUCAGCAUUUGUUGUGACCUCCGUGGGGCAUGGAGUGUUUCUUCAGCUAGUGAUCCUUAGCACCCUGCUUGGAGAUGGAUUAACCUCUGUGUGUCCUCUGCCCCCAGAGCCAGAGAAUGGUGGCUACAUUUGCCACCCCCGGCCCUGUAAAGACCCCUUGACAGCAGGCAGUGUCAUCGAGUACCUAUGUGCAGAAGGUUACAUGUUGAAGGGCGACUACAAAUACCUGACCUGCAAGGAUGGCGAGUGGAAGCCGGCCAUGGAGGUUAGCUGUCACCUCAAUGAAGACAAAGAAACGCACACGUCCCUUGGGGUCCCUGCGCUGUCCAUAGUGGCUUCCACUGCCAGCUCUGUGGCACUCAUCCUUCUCCUCGUGGUGCUGUUUGUACUGCUGCAGCCAAAGCUGAAGUCUUUCCAUCAUAGCAGGCGUGACCAGGGAGUUUCUGGUGACCAAGUCUCCAUCAUGGUGGAUGGGGUCCAGGUUGCACUACCUUCAUACGAGGAAGCUGUGUAUGGCAGUUCUGGCCACUGUAUGCCACCGGCUGACCCUCGAGUACAGAUCGUUCUGUCGGAAGGGUCUGCACCUAGUGGGAGGAAUGUGCCAAGGGAGCAGCAGCUGCAGGGCCAGGGUGCCUGUUCCUCUGCAGGUGGAGAGGAUGAGGCCCCUGGCCAUUCUGGGCUGUGCGAAGCCUGGGGUUCCCAGGGCUCAGAGACUGUGAUGGUGCACCAGGCAACCACAUCUUCCUGGGUGGCCGGCUCAGGGAGCAGCCGGCUGACACACAAAGACACUGCAGAUUCGGAGAACAGUGACAUACAGAGCCUUUUAUCCCUCACAUCAGAGGAGUACACAGAUGAUAUCCCACUGUUGAAAGAAGCAUGAGGACUGCCACUGGCCUCUCUCCUCUCUGCCCGUCCUCUCUCCCGUGGGUUUGAGUACCAUGUCCUCUCCAGUUGCCCCACCUGGAUGCCUGAGCUGCCACCUGUGUAUUUGUGUGUAUCUGAGGGCCUGCAGCCCACCCCGCUGGAUACUCAAGGAAGAUUCUCACCAUCUGCCCACAGCUGGAGGACCUGGCUCUUUGCCUGGCCCAGCCUUCCCAUCUGUCAGGGACAUGUCUGAAUGUGCUGGAUUGAACCCUCCCUUUCCCCGAGCCACUGGGUCCCUUCCAGCCAGCUCUCUGGUGGCUGCCCCACAGCCAUGAGGGCCCGAGCACUGCUGUUUACUUGUGCCUUCCCCCACCCUGUCCAGGAUCCCUGUUGUGCAGGUGGGUUGCUGUUCACAGGCCUUAGUGACUAUUGCCACCUGUACACGGGGGCUGGGCCUGGGGCUGCAGAAACAGAUUGAACAGUAAGGCCCUCAGAGCAGGAGCGACUCUUUUCAGGGCCAGAAUAUGGGUCCUUGAGCUUGCCCUGUGUGAUGACACUGACGGCAUCUUCCUUGACUGAGGAUAGGUUUGGGAAGCCAUGCCAAACCUACUCAGCACUCAGCUGUCCAGCCCAGGUGCAGCCUCCUGGCUCUUUGAGUUUCCAAGAAGCACCCAGAAGACCUGUGGGAGGGAAGGAGGUUGUCAGAUAAUGGUUGUCUUCCUAAUAUGCAAGUUAUCACUUCCUGCUUCCAGCAUUGGCUGCCUUGGCCUUGGAUUCUGUUCCUGGUUAAGGGGAAGUUGCAUGCUGUCUCCUGGACUUUGUCCUAGGUAGCUCUGGCUUCCUUGCAGUCCACAGAACCCUGAGAUUUGCGAGAUGCCAUCAAAAGCUCAUCUGGGUUUUGGCAUUCUGGGCAAGUUGCCCAAUUCUAGGUUUGUGGUGAUGGAGGGGAGGUUGAGAGGUACAGACUAAGUCCCCCGUAGCUGCAGGCAGCUCCGGCCAGGUCCCGAGGAUCCUCCUCACCACAGUCAUGUGCCUUAGUAACUCUGCCCAGGAAGUGGCCUGCUGUGUCACUGCUUCUCCUACUCUCUUCUCCAUGCUCGUCAACAUGUCAUUGCUGACAAGUCACUAUCUUUCCUGCAGGGCUAAGAAAUGAUGCCUGGCACACACACCCCCCACCCCCCCCACCCCCGGCUUUGCAAAGCUGAUGUGAGUUGGUGGGUACUCAGAAGCCUGAGAUACAGGCCUGGGAGUGAGAAAGCGCUAUCACUGAAGGAGUGCUCCAGUCACUGUGCUGGGUCCUCCCACAGCACUGAAUGCCUGGGUAGCUGAGCCCCACCAGGCUUCUGCCAUCUUGAGAAGACAGAUGUGGUGUUAAUGAGCUCUCUCUUUUGCUUGCUCGCUCUUUCUUUCUCUCUUUUUCUCUCUCUUCCUCUCUCUCUUCCCCUCUCUCUCUCUUUCUCUCUCCCUCCCUCAAGCCUCAAGGCUGGGAAACGUCAGAGCCAAUCCUGGACUGUACCUAUGAUGUUUCUCCCCAAGCCUAUCUGGGGUGGUAAAAAUAAUAAAAAGCCCAGUGUAUCUAUAGUUCCUGACCUAACAGGGUUAGCUCCAGGCAUCAGUGGCAAUGAUGUCCCCUAGCCCACUGCCACUGCCUCCACUUACAAUGCACUUUAGUCCCUGUCAUGCCAGGCUCCCUACCACCCUCAUCUCCUUUCCUCUCAGGGUAAAGGCAGUGCCUGCUGGCUACUCCCCCACCCCCACCCAGGAGGCCAGUCUCUUGUGCCAGGUAUCCAGGCGAAUGUGGUGGCUAGGAAUGGGCUGGAGAAGGUGCUAAAACUAGAAGACAAAAGCUCAAUGGAGAUAGUGCACACCUCUUAGCAGUGGCUGUCAUAAGCCACCUCACCAUGGCGCUCCUUCACCCUCAGUGAUGCCCACCCUCCUCAAGAGAGAAGUGGUGCAGAGGGGAGGAGUCUUCUGAAGGAGCCUUCCUCUUCUGUUUACUGCUCUUCUAAAAGUCUGGAUUCUGCUCUAAGGGUUUUUAAAAGAAAAAUGGAAGAUCCUUCCCUUUUCUGUGUCUUUACUCUGGGUUUUUGCCCCUUAACAGAUUGCACUUUUUGUUUUGGAUUUAUUCAGCCACAUAGGUGACUGGCUUGGCCCUUGGGUAAAAGAACCUGGUGCCUCCUUCCUUCUCCCCAUCAAGCCCAGGCCCGUCUAACUGGAGGUAAAGGCCAUGCUCCCCAUCCUCCUGUCACUAGUUUUGAGAAGGUCUGUUCUUGAAGCUUCCCACCUGCUGCUGCUGGCACCUGCUGCUUCUUCCCAUGUUGUUUCUCUUUCUUCUAAAGCAAUUUCUUAGCCAUCGGCCAUGUGCUGUGGUUUUUGCAUCUGGACUUGGUCCCUUACAGAGGGACUGGAGGACUUAAUUGCCUUGAGGUAGAGCCUGGCUAGAAACAGGGUCAGUGGCAGAUGUCAGGCUGUUGGGCAGGAAGCAGCUUGGAGCAAGUGGGAAGAAGCAAGGCAGCCUACUUUGCUGGGCUCACCUCCAGGGGCAUCCUGCAGAUUUGUCCAAGAGACAGUCAGCACCAAAGGACUUUUAAACCGUUUUUAUUGUUGUUGUUUUGUUUUGUUUUGUUGGUUGGUUUGGUUUGGUUUUUGGGUUUUGUUUGUUUUUGUUUGCCUGAGAUUUUUUUGUUUUGUUUUUAUUUUCGUUUUGUUUUGGGAGACAUUUUGCUUUUUUUCAUACUUGUGCUGACUCAAUGCAGGUUUUAUAUCCUGUGACUUGCUGUCACAGUCUAUCAAUUUUCAAGGGCCAGAAUGGUGAAAUACAUAAAUAGAAAAGUCCGUCCCUCCUUGCCUUAGUUUGGCUACCUAGGCUCUAUCUGCCCAGUUCUGUAUUCUGUGUUGUUUCUGUAUUCCUGUUUCACUGGGUGAGAACUGUGAAAUGGGCGGAGUCCUGACCACUUUGGAUUUGUUUGCUUUUAUAAGGCAUUUCAAUGUAUAUUCUAUAAGCACUCCAUUAGCAAAGAGAACUUAAAGUAAUACCGUCUUCCCCAUUCAUCUUGCCCUCCUCCCCCAGCUCCAGCUUUACAGAGAAGCCAGGCUACAAGACAAAGGUAUACUUUUCCUGCUUUGUGAGUGGCUGAAUGGGGACAGAGAGCAGUUGGCCUUUUUCCUCCCAAUCCCAUCAGAGCUCUUGAAGUACUUGGCUUCCUACAUAGCAGUGUUUCCUCUGUUCCCGGGGAACGUUCUAGAAUAGAAAAUGGAAUAUUCUGCAAACAUUUCUGGAUCCUUGUUCCCUUCCACCUCCUUAAAGAACAAAGGGGCAGUAGUGGCGCACGCCUUUAAUCCCAGCACUCAGGAGGCAGAAGCAGGCGGAUCUCUGUGAGUUUGAGGACAGUCUGGGCUACAAGAGCUAGUUCCAGGACAGGCUCCAAAGCUACAGAGAAACCCUGUCUCAAAAAACAAACAAGAACAAAGGGGCUAGAAGGGACACAUAGCAUGCCUACUACACAGCUCAAUUCCAGGUGCGCUUAUGCCUGACAGUAUGGCUGGAGCCUCUUGUGGGGCCUGCUGGGUCUUCUGCAGCCUUAGAGAAUUAAGUUCCUUGGCAGAUGUUUAGACUUGAGUGAUGCGGUAGCUGGUUCCCUGGAAAGCCGAAGGUGGCAGGGCCAGUUUUUCUGAGAUGUGACUUAGUUUCCAGCUGAAAACCUAGUAGAGGUUUUGAACAAAGCCCCCUCCCCCCCAUACCCUCUUCUAGUAGCAGAGCUUACUGGGGGGAUGUGGGGGUGCCACUUAGAUUGCCAAGUAGGGAGAGAAAAUGGCUGUGGGCUGCAUGGCUGUAUGCACACUGGCCUGGCUUCUUAAGGUUGUGCACCACUAUGGGAUCCUUUGCAGAAUGGUACUCAUAUAAUGGUUUAAAACAACACAUGCAUAAUUGACUGUGCAGGAUGUCAAUCAGUCUGGGUUUGCUUUAUUUUAUUUUAUAUAUAUAUUUUUUGGUAUCCUGUACAUUGCAGUGGGUAUGAAGAUAGUAUUUUAAUAUUUGUACAAAGUUUAAUUUAAUUUUAAUUGUUCUAUGUAUAUAACUGCAUUUCUAAAUAAUAAUAAAAAUUCUUAUG